UUGACUUCAAAAGAUAGUUUUACUUUGCACCAGGGCCAUAGCCACAAUCAAGUGCCGCUGCGGCCUAGAAAUCGAAACCAGUCACUGUCGGCUGGUUCCUCUUGCUGCACUGCACUCUUCCAAUUUCAUGCAAUCUACCGACGAAAUAGAUCACGCUCAAGAACCUACGAUUGCCGAACAGAUUGAAACAGUACAGCUCGAGAAUGCUGAUCAACCAAUGGAUGCAGAAUCCGACGCUGCAAACGAGCAGUUGGCACUUUUGCAAGCUAUACCCGAGCUAAUGGACAAGCUUGCUCAGCAGCCUUGGCAGUAUGAAGCUCACGUUCAGCUCAUUCAAGCGCUUCGCAAAGUUGAUAUGGCUGAGGAACUGGAAGCCACGCGUCAGAGGAUGCACGAGAUUUACCCGCUCACCGAAGCCAUGUGGCUUGAAUGGAUCCAAGACGUGAAAGCAAUUUCUCAUGAUCCCGAAAAUCGAGAACGCAUUAAAACCCUGUAUUUGGAGGCGGCGGAAGAUUAUCUAUCUAUUCCUAUUUGGAAGUCAUAUGUCGACUAUGUCAUUUCAAACUACAAGGCUGAUACUGGAAUCACAGCGGAUGACGAGGGCCACAAAGAGAAAACCGGUGAUAUGAGUAAAGAAGAUCUUGAAACACUAACCCUGGAUACGAGAACCGAUCUGCUCACCGCCAUUAAUGCAACUCGUUAUCACAUUGUGCAAAGCCAUGAAAUUUGGAAUGCAUACAUGGCUUUUGAACUGGAACUGCUCGAUCUCGAUCCAUCGAAAGAUAAUGUCGAACGUGUGCGCUCUUUGUACCUCGAUCGACUCCAGACCAUACACAUGGCCUGGGAUCAAACGUUUGAAGGAUUUUCAACCUUUAUCAGCGCCCACGACAAUGCUAACUACGAAGAGAUUAUGGUCCUUACCACAAAGAAAUGUGCACGUACAAAGGAAGCAGUUGGCGAGAGAGAGCUUAUGGAGUCAGAACUGGUUCUGAAGAAGAAUGAUCUGAUCACCUUUUUCGAGUACAUUAAAAAGGAAGAACGCGCCAAGUCGUCGGUGCCUUUGAUGCAAGGCUUGUACGAACGUGCUGUUGCAUUGCAUUGCACGGAUGCUGGCUUGUGGGAGGACUAUCUUUUGUUCCAGAUGCAGCAGGACGAAACCGAAUUAGACAAGACCAUUAGUGUUGCAGAACGAGCUAUUCGCAACUGUCCAUGGUCUGGAGAUUUAUGGAGUCUUUAUGCUGGAGUGUUUGAACAAUUCCAGGCGUCGAAUGAACAAGUGCUAGCUGUGUUUCAACGAGCUUUGACGAACGAUUUACUACUAGCAUCCUAUGACGACCUUAUCAAGACCUUACUUGCAAAGUGUGAUUUCGAGCGACGACAAAUUGAUUGGAGUAGUGAUAAUCUUGCCGAAGAUUCAAAGCAAUUGCUUCAAUGUAUCAAGGAUGCCGGUAUCUUUGUGGCAGGAGUAUUUCCAAAGACCAAUGAUCCAUAUUACCGAUUGGAACAGUACGAAAUAUUCGUCGAGACGAAGGUUGGCAAUGGUGUGAAAGCCAGAGCAGUUUGGGAAAAGGUCAUCAAGUUGCACUUGAGCGAGGUGGACGCAUGGAUAAAAUUCAUUGACAAUGAGAUGGUUCGAGGUAACAAUGUCCACUACUGCCAACAACAGUUCAGGCGAGCGUUCACAAAGGAAUUGGACUACCCGGAAAAAUUGAUGGAAGCAUGGACUAGAUUUGAACAUGAGUAUGGAACGGCGUCCAGCUAUCGAGAUGCCCGAACCACGAUGAGGCGCAAGACAAAGCUUGCUUCUAUUCAAUGGCAGCAGUACCAAGAAACCGAACAUGUAGAACAGCAGCAGGUGGAAGCAGGUUACAGUGCAACGUACGAAAGCAACGAAGAAUUGACAGCUAAGCAAGUUGAGAGACGGCAGAAGGAGCGCGCUAGAAAAUUGCGGGGAAAAAUUAAAGCGAAAGAAACCCGAAGAAAGGAACAAGGGCAGCAGGAAGUUGAUGAUGAUAACCAGCCAAGCAAGACUGAAGAUGAUGAAGCCAAAGCGACAGAAUCUCUCAAGCGCCGACGAUCGAGCGAUCAAGCUAGCGACGCAGUCCAAGCGCACAAACAACCAAAAGUAGAGCAUGAUGCGAGCCAUGAAACGGAAGACGCUGAAACGAGCAAAGACCCGUCGCAGGCUCAGGAGAAUGAUCAAACUAAGCCCACUGCCAGGCUCAUCCCUCCCUCUAUGCUGCGACGAGGCGGAGCGGCACGACGCGGUGGUCAAGGACGAGCCAAGGCGGGCCCAGCAAAGCGACUGGCUGUACCAAAGAAAACCGAUCACAAUGCUGCUGCUAGCGAUGCUCCAUCUACCAAUGAGCAAAGUGCACCUACGGAAAAAAAGAGCAAUGAUGACUUUAGAGCCAUGUUUCUGAAGAAAUGAGCAUGAGACCAAAAAAUUCUACGUUGUAUAUAGCGGAAUGAUCAAACUAAUGAAAAAUGUGGUGAAAGCGUAGCUUUUCCCUUCAUCGUUGAAGAUACUGAAUUUAUAAUGCACAACAUCGUUUGGU